AUGAAUCCUCAGGCCCAGCAGAACACUGCAUCCGAUUCCAGCCAGGCCCCAUCUGGUCAGUCCGGACAGUAUUCCCAUGAGGGUGGCCAUGCCUCGUUUGUGAACGGCUUUCCCCAGAUGUCCUCUGGCAGUGAGAGUGUUGGCCCAGCCCUAACUCCGCUUUAUGGUCCGCUGAGCUUCCCCGGCCAGCGUCCCGGAGGAAAGUUCAAUCCGGCCAAGAAUCACAUACCGGUCGCCAUGCCUCCAGGAAUGGACAUGUCCGGCGCUCAGCGCGCUGGCUACAACAGUCCGUUGGUUCUCAUGCCCAAUGCACCAAUGUUCAACGGCAUGGGCCCUGUUCCCCCAUUCACCUCGUCUCCUGUUGCUGGCCCUGAGCAGCUUGGACACAUCCCGUACAUGCCCACCACCAUGUACCCGAACAUGAACCCGUCGUAUCCUAUGGUGCCGGCGGCGAUGCAGGGCUACCCUUUCCCGUACAUCAUGAACUGCGACAUUCAGGAUGUUGCGGGACCCAAACGAGCUCAGUGGCCUGGCUCUGAAGAGAACAAGAUGACUGCUACCUCGUCGGUCGAGAACAGCAAUCAGUCCGAAUAUUACACUGGUAGCACGAACCCUAGUUCGGAGAACCCAGCUCUCCAAGGCUUCUCUUUCAAUCAGCCGCCUCAGAUGGCUGCAGCCUGUGUUCCGUACCAGAUGAUGAAGUCAUCCACUGGAUACAUCUUGCAGGACCUUGAGUGUUUGACUCAGCAGGAACCAGCUAUCCCACGCGCCGUGCCAGCAAUGUGGACCAACGCUUCCGAGUUGACUCUGGCGAAAUGCCUUGAGAAUCGCGAAGGCAUCACCAAUGUUUACAUACGUGGAUUCCUGCCAGAGACAACGGAUGAGGUCCUGCACGCAUACGCAUCGCGGUUUGGAAAGAUCGAUCGCUGCAAGGCGAUUGUGGACUUGGACACGAGCCUGUGUAAAGGAUUUGGCUUUGUCCAGUACUUCAACUUUGAGUCCUGUGAGAACUGCAUCCGUGGAUUCUAUUACCUGGGCUAUCAGGCCAGCUUUGCUCAGAAAUCUCGCAACUCGCGCCUCAAAGAUCUUGAAGACAAGACCUCGACUAACAUCUACUGCACCAACCUUCCCAUUGAAUGGACCGAGGCUGAUCUUCGUCAUCAUUUCGAGCCCUUCCGUGUUGUCUCGGAGAAGAUCAGCCGCGAUGAAAAAACGGGAGUCAGCAAGGAAGUCGGCUUUGCAAGGUUCGAGACUCGCGAGAUCGCCGAGAAGGUGCUCAUGGAAUACCACAACAAUGUUGCUCCAGAUGGCGUUAAACUGCUUCUUCGCUUCGCUGACACCAAGGCUCAGAAGCUGCUCAAGCAGCAGAGCAAUGAGCGUCGCGCAUAUCGUGCCGGUGAGUAUAACUACUCUGUUGAAGUUGUCCAGGGCUCCACUCCGUCGCCGUCCGUGAAUCGUCUGCAGCAGGCUAUAUCGCACUUGAGUCCAACCUCUCAGAACAGCUACGUGUCUCCUGUCGGAGUAGGUGCUACCUGGACUCCUGCAACAUCCAUUUCCCCGUCAUAUCCUUUAGUGAAGAACCCCGUCACCAAUAUGCGCUUCAACUCCCUGUCUUCUAGGAACAGCCCGGGCAACUUGGAGAGCACGCCCCUUCACCGCGGAAGAAUGUCAGUUGGCCGCAACAGUUGGAUGAAUAACGGCGCUGGUCCAUCCAAGUCCAGUCUGCCAUUCACUCCGCGCAUUGGUCGUCGUGCGGGAUCGAGCAGUUCUCAGAAGGAGAAUGUCAAAGCCGAAUCCCUGUCUCCCAUUUCUUCUCGUCGAGAGAUCGUUGUCCACUCCCCCCGUUCCGUCGUUUAG